UGCAGGUAAGAAAAUUAAUUAUUUAUUAAAAUGACAUCUUCUUCUUCUUCGUCGUCUUCUUCAAGCUGGAGUUCAAAGCAAAACAAGGUGUUCGAAAAUGCUCUGACGGUGUACGACAAGGACUCGCCGGACCGGUGGCAGAACUUGGCAAGUUCCGUCGGCGGGAAGACGGCGGAGGAAGUGAAGAGGCACUACGAGAUGCUGGUGGAGGACGUCCACAAUAUCGAGACCGGCAGAGUUCCUUUGCCCAAUUAUUCUAAACCUCCUAAACACUAUUCCUCCAACACCUUUCUUGACGAAGAACAAACAUUGAAGGGUCUAAAGCUAAAAUGAUUGCAUUGAAGUAUAUAUGUACAUAUAUGUAUGUGUAUAUAUAUAUAUAUUAUGUAUAUGUAUAAAUAUAUGUAUGUGU